AUGGUUCACCCAGCGAGGAGUCACGGGCAUGAACGCCACGUGCUCUGCCAGCAGAUGCAUCACAACCGCCAGAGCUUGCCGGCUGAGCGGCAGCAGAAGCAGCACAAUUGCCAGAGCGUGCCGGUUGUGCAGCAGCAGAAGCGGCCGGGCAGCCUCUUGUGGCAUCAGGGCGCAGCAGCAAAGAAACGAUGCUGUGGAUGGACACGCGAGCACCAGCAAGAAGGACCUGCCACUGCCACGAUUCUGCGCGAUUCCACGAAUCUGCUCAAUCCCUCCACGCCGGGACGUACAGCAGGUGGUGAUGGCGGCGAUGGCAGACUCAAAGGCCCAGCUGCCUGUCACAUCAUGCUGCACGCUGCUGUCUUUCCAGGCUGCGUCGGCCCGGUGGUGCACACGGGCGAGACCCCCACAAGGAGCAACGGUUGUUUGCUGACUUCUGUGAAUCAGCUAGCAGAGGCUCGUCACGGUGGUGUGUCUGGUGAUGUUCCCGGUGGCAAGGAAUGUGCCUUCUUCUCUGCCGUCUCGCCACCAUUCUCCUCUGCUGUUUUACCCACCGCUUUGCCGGCCUCCUCACCGACCGUCUCACGAGCUGUCUCGCCUGCCAUCUUGCCUGCCGUCUCCCCGACCAUCCCGCUCGCUCCCACUCGGCCUCUAGAUCUCUAUGUUCCCCCCCCCCCCCUCCCUCGCUCCCCUCCCCCACCCCCCCCAUACUCCCCCCCUCCUCUUCUCUCCUCUUCUCCCCCUUCCCCGUCCCGUCUCCCUUCUCCCCCCUCCUCUUACCCCCUCCCCCUAGCUCCCUCCCCACUCCCUCCUGCGCCCGCCCUAGCACUAGCGUCCGCCCGCCACCGCCCCGCAACUCCAAUGCAUUGGAUGGUUUUUAAGAAUGCCUCUGCAGCAGGAGCUGCUGAUGACUCCGUUGGUCCCAAGGAUCUGUGCAGCCCCAUCACUCUCCUCAAUCGCCAUUAUCAACACUGUCAUCUUCACCACCAUGAUAAGGCACCUGUGAAGCCCCGUGUAACUGAGGAAGCGACCCUGCUACCUACCAGCACUACCAGCACAUCCAGCAGGACCAGCGCAGCCAGCGCUGCCAGCAAUGGAUCCGCCAGCAACUUGAAUGAUGAGGAGUGCAUCCCUUGGUGCAGUGACGGGGCGUCUCAAAGCCCCUCUUCUCACUGCUGGGGUUCUGAGACAACUGCACAGAAGGCUGGCUGUGCCACGUGGCAGCCUGAGGCGGCCAUUCAGGGCCUUAAGCACGCCGCUGUCUUCCCUUUCAGCUUCGGCCCAGAGGCGGUUACUGGCGACACCGCACCCUCCAUGAACAAACACAUCCCGUUUACCCAUGUGCCGGUUUCUCAUGGUUGUGCGGUCGUCCGUCAGCCCUUGAACCACCCUUCAAGCCCCUACAAUGUUCCAUCCUUUGCCGGUCUUCUAAAUUCCAUCUCACCUGCCCGGCAACUCCACCGGCGUGUUGUCCCCGCACCUGCCACCUCUGCUGUCUGCUCCUCUUGCAACCACUCGGUUUCUCCAAGCCUUCAAGGCAAGGAAGCGCUGCUGCCUCCAGAGGCUCAUGCACAGCCGCAGGAGCAGGAGCAGAGUGACACGUGCACGGUGUGCUCGGCGUCUUUGUCUGGAAAGACCUGUGUACUGAAUAGUCCUUCCAUGGGCUCAUGUUGCUCACAGCACGAGAAGCAGGAGAAGCAGAAGAGGCAGGAGAUGCGGGAAAGGAGAGUGCAGGGCUUGGUUGUGACAGGAGAUGUGUUGCCAGGAUUGCAUGAUGGGCAGUGGCAAUCUGCUGCAGGGUCUGGCAACGGCACUGUGUCAGGCAACCCGAUGGAGGGGUCUGUGGAUGAAGAGGACCUUGAGGAGCUACAGGACACUGCAUCGUCUUAA